AUGAGCGGGGUGCCUAAGAGGUCUCAUGAAGAUUCUGUUCAUCAGUCUUCAAAGCAUCCACAUCCAGAUUCUGGUACAUAUUCCAAGUUGAUGCCAUCUGUUUCAAAUGACCACCAUAUUCCGUAUGAUAUGGGUCAGGAUUCCCGGGUGGCAAAGACACUCCGUACUGAAUCUCGUGAUGCAGAUAGAAGAUCUCCUCUUCAUACAGUGUAUCGGAUGCCAUCAUCUUCAAAUGAUUCUCAUACAGAUCAUCCCACUGGAACUGAGAACAGGAUAGAAUCUAGGGAUUUCAAGGAGAGUAGGGAUCUCCGGUUUGAGAAUCGUGAUAUGAACUCUGAGAAGAAGGAAUUGCAUGGUGAAGUCAGAAGGGUUUCUCAGAUUGCUAAAAGUGAAAAAGAUGCACGAGUUGAUGCCAGAGGAGAUGACAACAAGGAUGUCAGAUAUGAACGAGAUAGUCAUAAUGAUUCGAAAGGUGACAUUAAGACAGAUAAGGAUGGCUAUGGUAUGGUAAGCAGCAGCAGCCACUUGAAUUGGAAAGAAUCAAAGGAGUAUAGGGGGAAGAGAUUUUCUGAUACUCCUGGUGGGAGUUUGGAUUCUUGGCAUGCAUCACGUGGCAAUACACCAGAAGUUGGAAAGGGCAGUUCAAUGGCAGAAGAAAGGGACAGUUUGGAAACUCAUGAAGCUGUUGGAGAAAACAAAAUUGAUUCUAAAAGUGAAGAUAGGUUUAAAGAAAGAAAAAGAAAGGAUGGCAAGCAUCGGGAUUGGGGGGAUAGGGAAAAGGAGAGAAGUGAUCGCAGAAGCAGUACACCAGUUAACAAUAAUAGUGGUGACAACAAAGAAUCUGCCAAGGAAGAUAAAGAUGUAGAAAAAUUGGAGAGGGAGAGGAAAGAUCUUCCAAAAGAGAAAGAAAGUUCAAAAGAGAGGGAAAAGGAUCAUAACAAGAGGGAAUCCUGGAAUAGCAUUCACAAAGAGCCUUUGAUACAAUAUUUAAACAAACACUAA